CGAGGUCAGGCGCGCGAUUGAAUUAUUAACACUUCACUUGGUCAAAUAUGGUGGUCAAAGAUGUGUGUAAUUAAUUGAACUCGGCUUCCUGCGCGAUAGUGUUGAUGUUUCCCCAUCCCAUACUCCUAGCAAGACACUCUGAUCGGAAAUUCCCUGAAAGUUCAUGGUGCAGGCCUGGCUAUAAACUAAUGAGGUUUCCUCGCGUAUCUGCCAGGAAACGUGCUACUCAUGACUGCACAGGGGUACUGAAAACGGAUCUGGGUUGAUAGGUUUUAAAUUGGAGAGGAGAGCGUAAAACAUGAGGUGGUGGGAUUUUUGAGAGUGUUAUUUUGAGUUGAUAGACCUGACAGCUGAUGCUUGCAUCGCGCGCCCUACGGGAGGUGAGGUUGACAGGAUCAUCCUGCUGCGAAACUGAUUCUUGCCUCGUGGGGUGGUGGGAUCUAACGAUGUCUCAGAACAUGAACACGCUCGUUGAGCUUAUGACUAUGGGGGACGUCAUGUGCUGUGCUGAGAAGCUAAGUUAUGCGUGGUCCUUAGUUACCCGAGGUAAGUAAGAUACAACACAUAACCUAGC